CCUCUGCUGCCGCUAAACCCCGGAGAGCGGAGCGUGCACGUUGAGAUUCCUCGGCGGGCCUGGCAGCGGCUGCUGGGCAUGCUCAGUGGGCAGGACCCGUUAGAGUGGCGAGUAAGGAAGCGUUGGCUCUUCUCUGGGUCUGCCUUCCCCGGUUCAGGCCCCGGCCCUGGGCUUUUGUGUGAGCGGAGCUGUAGCCGCCGCUGCCUCCUCGCGGGGCCGCCCGACCCCAGAUGCCGUCUGGCCUGUCCGGUUUCCGCCGUUAACCUCGCCGCGCGGCUGGAGGAGGAGCGGGGCGGGGCGGGGCCCGCGGGCCAGCGGCCGGGCGGGCAGGAGGGCCCUGCCGGGGGUGGGGGUGGGUGCGGGGAGUCCCGCGGGGGGUGGGGGGAGGGGGCGGGCGCGGAGUCACGGGGGUGGGGUCACCGGCGGUGGCUCGGGGAGGCCAGCUGGGAGGGGAGGGGGCCGUGGGGGCGGCUCGGCGGAACCAGCCGCGGCUGGGGAGCAGCGGCGAGUCCGGGGGCCGGGGCCAGGGCUUUCCGGGCUUCGGUGAAGCCGCCGCGGGCCCCAUCUUCCGGCGGUGGCCGGAGUUUGUGGUGAUUGUUGCUGCCGCCGCCACCGCCCCGGCUGCCAUCUCCUCCUCCUGGGCCGCCGCCUCCUCCUCUUCCUCCUCCUCCUGGGCCGGGCUGAUCCCCUCCCCGCUGCCGCCUCCUCCUGGGCUGGGCCCGCGGUGUCUCGUCCCCUCGCGGAGCCGCUCCUGCCGCCGCCGCCGCCGCCUCCUCAUUCAUCCUCGUGCACCAUAGGCGGCACAGGCACCAAGAUGUCCAACCGAGUGGUCUGCCGGGAAGCCAGUCACGCCGGGAGCUGGUACACAGCCUCAGGACCGCAGCUGAAUGCACAGCUAGAAGGUUGGCUCUCACAAGUACAGUCUACAAAAAGACCUGCUAGAGCCAUUAUUGCACCCCAUGCAGGAUAUACGUACUGUGGGUCCUGUGCUGCUCAUGCUUACAAACAAGUGGAUCCCUCCAUUACCCAUAAGGAUGAGUUUACCAUUAUUCCUGUACUGGUUGGAGCUCUGAGUGAGUCAAAAGAACAGGAAUUCGGAAAACUCUUCAGUAAAUAUCUAGCGGAUCCUAGUAAUCUCUUUGUGGUUUCUUCAGAUUUCUGCCAUUGGGGUCAAAGGUUCCGUUACAGUUACUAUGAUGAAUCCCAGGGGGAGAUUUAUAGAUCCAUUGAACAUCUAGAUAAAAUGGGUAUGAGUAUUAUAGAACAAUUAGACCCUGUAUCUUUUAGCAAUUACUUGAAGAAAUACCAUAAUACUAUAUGUGGAAGACAUCCCAUUGGGGUGUUAUUAAAUGCUAUCACAGAGCUCCAGAAGAAUGGAAUGAAUAUGAGCUUUUCCUUUUUGAAUUAUGCCCAGUCAAGCCAGUGUAGAAACUGGCAAGACAGUUCAGUGAGUUAUGCAGCGGGAGCACUCACGGUCCACUGAAGCUCUGAAUCCUCAGGGAUGCCACCUGCACAUACUCAUUCUCUGUCCGGGGUCCCAGCCUAGCCCUUACCAAGAUACUGGUCCUGGUUUGGGGGGAUUCUGAAACCUCAAACUAAUAGAACUUUCUUCUCUUCUUUUCUAGUAGGUGUAGUCCUUCCUUAAUUUCAACUCAUUAAAAAUGCUUUAUAGUUUAGGGCAGUGGAAGGAAGGCUGGCAUCAAAAUAUUUUGAUCAAAAAAGAUGGCAAUGUAAAGGCCCAAUUGUGGCAGACAGUGUUUUGAAAGUAACUUGUAAAGCAUUUACCAUAUCCUAAAUUUGCACUCUUUGCAGACUUGUGCACAUAUAUUCCGCUUUCAGAAUAGUUUUGCAAAUUGUACACAAACAAACAAAAAAAGGGUGGAAGCUUUUUAAUAAAGAAAUUGCAUUUAUAAAUGAUCUGUAUUAGAAUAUAAUAAAUCUCCAGUUAUAGUCAAUUACUACCCGUGUUGUACAACAGAUACCUUCUAUUUUAGUUGCUAAUAAAGGGCUACACAACUCAAAAUAGUCUGAUUUAAACUUAUUGCUCUGUGGUACAUAUGAAAAUUGUUUUUUUUAUUAAUUCCAUCUCAGAAUUUUUAUGUUAAAAGUGGUAAACUUCAGCUCAUGUAAAAAAUAUGUUAGGAUGUAUUUUAUAUUUUACAUAUUUAUGUGAUUUUUUAUCACAGAUAUUAGAAUCAUAUUUUAAAGUUAGCUUUUAAAAUUACAUACAGUUUGCCUUUUUGUGUGUGACAUCACUUUGUGUCAUUACUAUAAGAGAAUAUAAAUUCAAGAUUGGUAAAAGAACAGAUGUAGUCCUUUCCUUCAAAGAUCGUGUUUGAUAGGCAGUAGUCUGCAAAUGAGGAAACAUUGAAGACUGUUCUUAGUGAUUUUCAAAUCAUUGCAGACCAUACACUACUGCUAUGCUUUCUUAGUGCUUUAAGCAAUUUGACUCUCUUACUUGAAUUUUUAGCAAGAAAUCAUUAACAGUAACAAAAACAAAAAACCACUGGAUUUUCUUAUAGUUCUACAAAUUUUUUGUCAUGAUUUUUGGUGCGGCUCUUCCAACUAAAAUAAUGGUAUGGUGUUGUAUUUCUUUUUUUAGCAUAGACUAUUUCUAGUCACUUUGAGGAGGGGAAAUAUAU